UUGAGCAAAAAAUAAUUAAAAAAAUAUAAAUUACACUUACCAUGUCUGCAGCCCUGCACUCUGCAGUUUCCUGUCUCCUGCCCAUCCCUGUGUUUUCUUCUCUCUCUCUGACUCGAGAUUUUAUAUUUUUACUAUAUUCCUGAUUUGAAAAAUCCCAUUUUUUAAGCAUAUUUUGAGUUACUUGUCCCCCAUUUCUCUGCAAUACGUUAUCAUAUUCAAUGAUAGUUACCACACCCGUUAUAGACUGGUCUAAAGCUACCUGGCAGAUGUAACAAAUUGGCAUUUUGAGCUAAAAAUGCAAUUCUGGAUCUAAAGUUACAAUCUUUCUUGAUUUUAAAGACACCCCAUUUGAAUAAAAGCUAUAACAAUGGUGGGUUUGGUUGAUUCUUGGUGUUUCUGUAAUGGGGGUGGCAAGUCUGAAAAAAUGAAAGCUACCAUUUUUUCAGGCAAAGGUUCUGCUAUGGCUUAUAUAGCUUCGAGUGGCACUGGUUUCUUGAUCCACCGGAAUUUGCUGCUUACUACCCAUAUAAUACUUCCUUCUGUGGUUGCUGCUGAAGCUGCUGAGAUCCGUCUUCAAAACGGAGUUGUUGCUUGCCUUUUUCCACACAGGUUUUUUAUUACCAGCUCCGUACUAGAUCUGACUAUAGUGGGCCUUGACGUCAUGGAUGGAGACACAAAUGCACAUGUUCAGCAACCUCACUACCUGAAAACUUGCUCUAAACCUAAUCUUGAGCUGGGUAAUGCCGUCUACCUGUUAGGUUAUAGCGAGAAAAAGGAGUUGACAGUUGGCGAAGGAAAAGUGGUAAUAGCCACUGACAACCUUAUAAAGCUGUCAACUGAUGGAAUAACUUGGAGGCCGGGUUCUGCUGGUUUUGAUGUUCAUGGCAAUCUAGCCUUCAUGGUGUGUGAUCCAAUGAAGCUAGCAACAUCUCCUAACUCAAAAUCCUCAUCAACUUCGCCAUCUCCAUUAUCAUCAUGGAAAGACUGUCCCAUGCAAUUUGGUAUACCCAUCCCUAUCAUAUGCGACUGGUUGAACCAACACUGGGAAGGAAGCCUUGAUGACCUCAAUAAACCAAAGUUACCACUGAUUCGGCUGAUGUCUACUGGUCAAAGAAGUGAUCAUUCUUGUGCAUCCUUCACAAUGCGGUGUGUUUUUAAGUCAACUGAAGCUGAAAAUGACUGCACACCAUCAUCUUCGAGCGGAUUGCCCCGACCUAGAGAAGAUCCUGGACCAAGCUGUUCUGCUGUUCCCACUAACUUGGAAGAGGAAACAGUAAUUACUCAUGUCCAGGGAAUUCCAACUCCUGAAAUUUUUGAGUCACGGAGAUUAACUUCAACACCAGUUGGGAAGAGUGAGAGUACUCAAAUCCAGCUUUUGGAUAUUAACUUUCCACCAAGGAUUCUCAUCAAAGCUGCUGGAUCACCACAGCAUGUCAGAAAGACCCUAUCCAACUCUGAUGAUGAUUGUAUCGAUAAAGCGAGAGAAGAAAAUUCUAGUGACAUUGGCCAGCCAAGCCCUGUGCCAGACGCUGAAGUUGCGUCUACCAGAUCUGUUAAUGGGGCCCAGAGUGAGGUUGAAUCAAGUUGCUGUCUCAUAGAGGUUUUGGAAGCUCAAAAUGAAUACAGCAGUGAUGGAGAGACGACAAUGUACUCCGCGGAAACUGCUGAAAGCAGAAACUAUCCAAGUCCUAAAGGGGGAAGGUUUCAUCAAGUAGGAAGAAGCCAAAGUUGUGUUAACUACAAUAGAUGGGGGCCGGUUUCAAAAAACUCAGCAGCUCGUAGGGCUAACCAAGAACAAAAGAGGAACAUUAUGCAAGGAAGAAAGGUCUACUCCCAAGGGACAACUUCACAAAGGAGUAAUGACUAUUACAGCCCGACAGUAUCUUCAAUCAUGAAGAAACGGAACAACAUGGAGCCACAAAUCAGACCACCACGUCUAAGUGCAGGAAACUCAUCACCAAGAUGGAUGUUUUGAUUGAUAAAUUCUGAAAAAAACUCAUUCUUUAUACCACUCUCCUUUUUUGAGCUUAUAUGAGACUACAUUGCAAAGAAAUUAAGAAAGCUGGAGAAAACUCGAGCAAAGGCAGCUUACUGAUUUUCGAUAGCAGGUGCUACAGGUUAUUGUUCUUCCACUGGAACUUCAAUGACAUUCUGUGGACUUUAUGUUGGAGAAAAGAUCUCAGAGGCAUCUUCAACAGUCCCAACAUUUUCACCAGUUAAGGAUUGGCUAGUAACUGCUGCUUAUCAGCAAAAUAGAUGAAUGCAACAUAGAAUUCAAGUGUGACAGGAAGUGAAACCAAAGCAAAUGUUCAAUACUGUGUUCUCUGAGAUAAAUAAUACUCUGGAAAAGUGACUUGCUUUUUCUGAAGGUUAAAUUGACAA